AUGGGAGUUCAGGAUGCUUUCUCAAUGGAGGAAGCUGUUUCCAGCGUUCCUGAGGUACAAAGAUACGAAUCUUCCAGGGCUUCGAGAGUACAAAGCCAUGAGUUCCAGAGAGAACACCAGCCCAUCACAACGCCUUACGACCCAAGCGUUGUCGUGCCAGAGUACUAUGAAAAAGAUCCUAACGUUGUUGAUUACGGUAAGGACCUUGUCUCUCACCCGGGCCAGAAACUCAAGAACUACUUCAUUUCGCUUUUCCCUAUUGCCAAGUGGAUUCUUCACUACAACGGUAAGUGGUUGUAUGGAGACUUAGUUGCCGGUAUCACUGUCGGUGUUGUGUUGGUGCCACAGAGUAUGUCUUAUGCUCAGUUGGCUGGUUUGCCUGCUGAGUACGGUUUGUACUCUUCUUUCGUCGGUGUGUUCAUUUAUUCUUUCUUUGCCACUUCCAAGGAUGUCUCUAUUGGUCCUGUUGCCGUGAUGUCUCUUCAAGUUGGUAAGGUUAUUGCUAAUGUCCAAGAAUCUGUUGGUGACCGUUACUCGGCUCCUGAAAUUGCCACUUUCUUGUCGUUGAUUUGUGGUGGUAUUUCGGCUGCUAUCGGUAUCCUUCGUAUUGGUUUCAUCUUGGAGUUUAUCUCCUUGCCUGCUGUCAUGGGUUUCAUGUCUGGUUCUGCUUUCAACAUUAUUUGCGGUCAAGUGCCUGCUCUUAUGGGUUACGGUUCUGCUGUGAACACUAGAGAUCCAACAUACAAGGUCGUCAUUAAUACCCUUAAGCAUCUUCCAGACACAAACGUGAACGCUGCCUUUGGUCUUGUUCCUUUGUUCAUCUUGUACACCUGGAAGUUCUCCACUGAUUAUGCCAUGAAGCGUUGGCCACGCAGAAAGCAAUGGUUUUUCUACAUCCAACAGUUGAGAAACGCCAUUGUUCUUAUCGUGUCCACUGCCAUCUGUUGGGGUGUCGUUUACCCAGAUGUUAGAGACUUUGACGGUCCUAAGAAAGAUUUCAAGAGCACUAUCAAGACCAUUGGUGUUGUUCCAUCUGGUCUUCGUCACGUUGGUCCUAUGACCAUCCCAGACGGUAUCAUCGAUGAGAUGGCUUCAGAAAUUCCAGUGUCCACCAUCAUUUUGCUUUUGGAGCACAUUGCCAUUUCCAAGUCUUUCGGUAGAAUUAACGAUUAUAAGAUUGUUCCCGACCAGGAGUUGAUUGCCAUUGGUGUUAACAACUUGAUUGGUACUUUCUUCAACGCUUACCCAGCCACUGGUUCUUUCUCCAGAUCUGCUUUGAAGGCCAAGUGUGGUGUCAGAACUCCUCUUGCCGGUAUUUUCACUGGUGGUGUGGUUCUUCUUGCAUUGUACUGUUUGACCGACGCUUUCUUCUACAUUGCCAAGGCCACUUUGUCUGCUGUCAUUAUCCACGCUGUUUCUGACUUGAUCUCCCACUGGAGAGCUACUUGGAACUUGUGGAAGGUUGCUCCAUUGGACUGCGGUUUGUUCCUUAUUGCUGUUAUCAUUACCGUGUUCUCUACUAUUGAGAUUGGUAUUUACUUUGCCAUUGCUGCUUCCGCUGCCAUUCUCUUGUUCAGAGUCACCAAGCCUCAAGGUGAGUUCUUGGGUAAGAUCAAGGUUGCUGAGGUUGUAAACCCAACCAUCAACUUCAAGGAAACUUCUUCUAUCAGCUCCACUGACUCUGACGUUGAGAUCCAGAAUGUCUUGUCCAACACUUCUUACCAGUCUACUGGUGUGAAGAAGUUCAAGGCUGGCGAAGAGAAGGCUGUUCCUACUGCUGCUGAAUUGGUUGCACAGAACCCAGGAGUCAAGUUCCACACUAGAUGGGUGCCUUUGAGUCAGUACAACACUAAUAGUGACGUUCAAGUCGUACCACCACCACCUGGUGUUCUUGUGUUCCGUCCAGUGGAAGCGUUUGCUUACCCUAACGCUUCUCAACAGGUUGACCGUGUUGCUGACGAGGCCAAGAGAAUUACCAGAAGAGGUAACCCAAGACUUUAUGCCAACCCUGGUGACAGACCAUGGAACGACCCUGGUCCAUUGAGAUGGAGACUUCCUUUUUGGAAGGAGAGAUUUGGCAGCAAGAUCCAGGAGGAGAACUACGAAGAAGACACAAGACCUAUCUUGAGAGUUGUCCAUUUCGACUUCUCUUGUGUUCCAUCUAUUGAUUCCACCGCCAUUCAAGUCUUGGUCGAUAUCCGCAGAGCCUUGAACAACUAUGCCGACAGAGAAGUUGAAUUCCAUUUCAGUGGCAUUAACUCGCCGUGGGUGAGAAGAGGUUUGGUCCAAGCUGGUUUUGGUUCUUACGGUGAGACUGACUUGGUGAGCGAGAAGACGUACGUCAACAUUGCCACCCAAGAAGACGAUUUAGAAGACAGCCUUUACUAUCCUGCCGUGGGAACAAACACCCCAUUUAUUCAUUUCGAGAUUCCAGAUUAUGUUUGA